CAUCUCCUCUCAUCCCCAAAAUCAACGAUCCAGAUCGAUCAGACAUCCGUCCGUUGCAAAUGAUGUUCUCUCUCUCCUAUAAAUCACACUCUCCUCGGCUCUUCCCCUUCCCCUUCCACACCACGCUCACCACUCUUUCACAUCUCUCUCUAAUCUCUCGACUACUUCUGCUCUCUAUAAUUCGCCAGAGAAAAAAAAAAAUGGAGGGCAAGAGUAUGACGCUUGUUCUCGCACUGGUCUGCGUGAUUGUCGCCGGCGUCGGCGGCCAAGCUCCGGCAGCCGCACCGACAACCACCACCACUCCAGCCACCCCCGCUGCUCCCGUAACAGCACCGUCCACCGCCCCUGCGGCUACCAAGCCUGCAUCGCCAGCUCCCGCUUCUUCUCCCUCCGCACCUCCAACCGCAGCACCGGUCGCUACUCCGCCAGCAGCAGCGGUGACUCCAGUCAGCUCUCCUCCAGCUGCAGUUCCAGUCAGUUCUCCUCCGCCUGCAGCGGCUACUGCUCCUCCUACGCCUGCUCCCGUCGCCGCCGCCGCUACGCCUACCGCCUCUCCUCCCGCUGCUGAUGUUCCGGCGCCGGCUCCCAGCAAGAAGUCGAAGAAGAAGAGCGGAUCUCCGGCUCCCUCUCCUUCAUUGUCGAGCCCUCCCGCUCCACCGGUCGGGGCUCCCGGACCUAGCGCCGAAGCUAACGCCCCCGGUCCCGUCGUUGCCGAUGAGAGUGGUGCAGAGAGCUCGAGGAGUGUGCAGAAGAUGAUGAUGGGAGGAUUGGCCGCACUUGUUAUGGCGGCCGUUGCAUUUUAGAGAGGAUGGAGCUGCGGCGAUGGUUGUUCGAUUCACAUAUUUGAUUCAUUUCCAUGGUUCAAUACAUUCAUUUCGGACUCACUUUGCUGGCAAUUUGAUUUGUUUGUUGCAAUUCUUUUUGAGCUUUGAUUCGAGGCGGGGGAGGGUAAAACCGGUUGUAUUUAUGUAGAUUCGAAUUCCUUUCUUUGUCGGUCGCCACAUUCUUUUGUAAUUUGGACGCCUUUUGCUUCUAUAUCUACAUCACAUUAUUAUUAAUUAAUAUUUGUUGAUUGUGUUCACCC